AUGAAGUAUCAUGAAAUUUUGAAUUUGCAUCCUCUUGAAUUGCAUGCAAGCCAGCCUGGUACUGCAGUUAAGUCUGCACCUCAGGUCACUCUUAUAUCUGAUGAAGCAAGAGACUUUGCUUCAGAUGAAGGAUGUCUUGUGACUGAUGAAGGAGACAGAAAAGAGAAGAACCAUGGUGCUUCAGCAUUGUCAAGGAAAAGAAACCUCUCUCUCCUGACUCAAAACCAUGAACAUGACAGGAAGGGAGGGAUGUCACAUUCUGAGAUUGUAGGACAAAACAUCAUUAUUUCUAACAAGCCAUCAUCUGAUGUGGAACUAUGUCCAUCACAAGGUGCCAUUGCACCACUCAAGAUCAAGCUGCCAAGUGUCAUGCUGAAGCAGGAAAGACUCAAUAAUCCUUCAUUUUCAAUCUCUGAUCCUGUCUUGAGACAAAGCUUCAGCUGGAAUAGGCCACCUACUCUGGAAUCCCCUGCCUACAAGGCCCCAUUCAAGAAGGGUUGGAUCAGAGAAUUGGUGGUAAGAGGAAUUGUGAAUGGAGUCAUUCAGAAUGGCAGGAGGAUGUGUGAUGUUUACUACUAUACUCCCAGUCGUGACAGAAAAAGGAAACUUCGAUCCCAUAGAGAAGUUGAAGAUUUCUUUCAGAAAAAUCCAUGUGAAGAUCUUGGACCAGACAAUUUCACUUUUGCCAAGUAUGUUGUGGGAGGACCUGAGAACCAGGAGAUUGUUCGUAUGGCUGGGCAGGCACCUGGGAAACCUAAAACAAUUGCAUCCCUGCAAAAGAAUAUUGAGUCUCCAAAAGGGAAGCGGGAAGUACUCCGUCCAAAGAAAAUGACUUCAAAAUUGAAGAGGAAAAUUCCAGGAAGUCCCCAAAGUCCUUCAAUAUCACCUGUAUUGUUUAAGCAGAGAGUUCUCUCACAAGGGCCACUCACAGACAUGCAACCACAGGUAGCAAAAGCAAUUGAACUUGCAAGAAUUCCAAGAUCUCAGAACAUAGCUGAAGGAUUACCAUUGUUGCCAAAAGCUAAGGAAAUGUCAACAGAUACUGAAUUCUCAACUUUUCCAAAGGGCCCAAAAAUCAAGAUAACCCGGAUCAGGAAUGCUGUCCAGACAAAGUUGAGCACACAGGAUGUAUGGCAGGCUCGUCUUCUAUCUUCCACUGCAUUUGCUUCAAAAAAUGCUAAGAAAAAGAAGUCAAAUGAGUUGGAGAUGGGAACUCUUCCCCCAGGGAUGUCAUUAGUGAAGACAUACAGGAGGAAGGUUAACCUCUCCUUAAUGUCUGUAUCUCCAGAGGUUCCUUCUACAUCAUCUGUCAGUCUUGAUGCCACCCUUGACAGUGUCCACCUGGUGAACAACACCCAAGUUGUGAGAUUCCCAGCCAUGUAUAACAUGGAUCCCUCAAGACUUCUUGUUCAUCCUAAAGGGCAAGCAGGAAAUACAGGAACUCAGUUCUGCGUUAAAAAUGUGAGGGCACCUGGGUAUGAUAUAGUUCAAAAGGCUAAUGCUACAGCCCCUAAUGUGAGAGGCAAAUCUUCAGCAAGUGAUAUAGACACCAACAGAAAAUGUGCAGAACAGAGCACAAUCUCUGUCUGUGAGAAACAAGCAUGGUCUGCUGGGGAUAGUGGGCCCCUACUGAAACGGCUGCGAAUAGAUGGCAAGACAAAUAGAGAUCAUGAAAUGCCUGAAAUUCUACUUGGCAGACCUGAAAUUUUAAAUGUUUCUUCUGAUGUUGGUGAGGUGAAAGUCAUAGAUCCUCUACAGAGGUCUGAUGAAUCUUCACAGGAUCAAGGGAAUUCCCAAAGUACAUUAUUAAGGUUACCUCCAUGCUCUCUUCAUUGUGCCAAUUUAGUGGGGGUUCUCCCUUCUGCCCAAUGCAGGUUCUGCCUCUGCAUGUUCCAUCCUCAAUGUGUGAAUCAUCCUGAUCCAUCAGCUGAGUAUGUUGUUUGUCAAAAGUGUCGGACCUCAGAAAGGAGGACCACAAUUGAUAGUCAGGUAUCAAGAAGUGAUGAAGCAUCAUCUGGAGAGCCUAAGAAGAGUCCUCAACCUAUACCUUUACCAUCAUCACCUACUUCUUUGUUGACACCAUCCAAACUAGUUGCUACGAACAGUCCCGCAAAGUCUCAGCCAAAGCUGAAGUACACAGCACGCAAGAGUAGUGCAGGAUCAGCUUUCAAGUCCAAGAAUGCAAAGGGAGUACCAAAAGUUUCGACAGGACAAUCUGUACAAAACCAGAGUGAUCAGGAAGAGGAAAAGAAUGGAGUGGAAGAACCAUGCAGUGAACCCCAGACUUAUACUAGAAAGCCUAUGCCAAAGCUUGUACCAAUUACAAAAGUACAACAUGCAGGAAGAAAAUUGGAAAUGUCAUUCCUUCAAGCACCUGGCAAAGGCAUCAAGGUCAGAUCAGGCCUGCAAAGCCCUGAGGGGACUACAUUGUUGACAAGUGUUGCUCCCAUGCUAGCAUCUCAGCCAGUGCCUCAGUGGCAUCAACCCUUGCAAUUACACCCAUCAAGCUCUUCAACUACAGCCUCAUCCAGCAAAGUGACUGUAUUUUCUGAAAGUGUUUCAUGUACGGUGCCUGCCGUUAUCAAGCUUCCUGAGAGUUCAACUCCUGUUAGAGCUUCAAGCAACCCUCUGGUGGAUAAUGGCCCUACUGUCAGCUCCAGUCAACUUCCGAUGUCAGUGCAGUUUGGAGAGGAAACUGAUAAACAAACCAUUCAUGACGUUUCAUCAUCCAGACACUCAUCUCUGCCCUCAAGCAGCACUUCACCGAAUUCACCUCAAAUAGUUCCUUCUAAGUGUUUAAGUAGUGUCAUCACCAAUGUAUCUGCAGUGGUAGCAGAAAGUGUUGGUAGUCUUCAUUCACCCAUGAGUGCACCAAGUGCACCAUGUGUUGUUUCCCAAAUGAUGACAGUGAUGAAUCACAAACCAAGCAUGCAAAGUACUGCCAUUUUGCCAGUGAGUUCAAGCUUUUCAAGGGUGAACUCCAUGAGUUCUCAAUCUGUAGUGACCCCUUCUGAAGCUAAGAUGAUGGUUACAUCACCCUCUCAAGGAACUCAGUCAGGCAGCUCACUGAGAGCUAAAUCCAUUAGCAUUUCUCCAGCAUCUAUUGCUAACAGUCUAGCCAUUGCACAGCCACAGAUCAGGUCUGUUGCUGGUGCAACUAUCACUGGACCUCAGGUUGUUUCUGUGAGCAGUGGACCAAUAAAUGCACUCCUUGUUGGAUCUGCAAUUGGCAACUCAGUGGCUUCACCUCAAAUGACAUCAUUUAGGGGAGCAGAUCCACCUAAUAGACCUAAUAGGCCUAUCAAUCAUGUGACUGGAGGUCAAUCAUUCACAACUCCACAUAUCUCAUCUGUGAGCAGCCUUCAUGCCCUAAACUCCAAUCAAAUGAAUUCAAGUUCAGCCACUGGACUAUCACUCCUACCAUGCCCUGCUCCUAUUAGUUCUGUGAGUGGAACCCCAAAACCUGUGGAUCAUUCUAAAAAACCUUUGAGGAGGCUUGUCCCUGCACCAUCCAGACCUGCAGUUCAACCAAGUGUAUCUGUGGCCUCAAAUGAAUCCAGCACACCUGAGAGUGCCAAGUCUUCAUCUGUAUCUUGUGAGGAUGCAGUGGUUUUGCAGAGAGGCAGAACUUCUGCAAUGAAGCGAAGUUGUGAUAAAACCAAGACAGAUGAGGAACAGGAGGUUUCUCAGAAUCCUAAAACAAAGCCAACUUCCAUGCCUGUAACUUCAUCUGUUAGGUCAAAGAAUGCUCCAGAGGAGAAAUGUAAGAGGGGCAAGGUCAGUGACCAUGGAAGUCCAAAUGCCAAACGCUUGAAAGUACAUAGAAUAGGUGGUCACCAGGUCUCAGAAAUACAGCUUCCAUUUGUAGUAUCUGUGGAUGAAAAGCCACUCAUUUUACGUUGUGUUUACAAUGUUGAACAGCAAAUGAGUAUCUUGAAACCAGUAAAAACUGAAAAUGCUGCAAUACAGACAGAUGAAGUGUUCCCACCAUCAGGGGAGAAAGUGCAGGUGGAACCUCCCUCAUCACCAGAAGUAGUAGAGGUUUUUGUCAGCAGUAAAUGUUCACCAUCAACAGAAAUUCACCCAGUCUCAGAGGAAGGCUCCAUGCUGAGUAGACAAGGAAUCUUGAGAGUAGAUCAUCCAACAUCCCUUGUCCCAAAAAAGACACAAAGGAAUCUACAAAUGCAUACUGCUCUUGCCUUGGCCUUCAAGCACCUAGACUUCUUGUCCCUCCUGAAGGCAUCUCAAGUUUCUCACUUAUGGAGGAAUGCAGCUCUGUCCAGCCCAUCCUUGUGGAGGAAGGUGAAGUUGAAAGGAUUGCAUGUUAAAGACUGGAGAGGUUUGAUGACUUUUCUGAGCCACAUGGGGACCAUGAAACUUGAUGCACGGGGUCUUGUUGACCCUCACAGCACUUGGAAUGGAGUGAACUCCAUCUAUUCCCAUUGUCACAUAUUGAGAGAAUUUGAUGAAUUGCUCUUUGAUGCCAUUCCUGACACAAUUUUCAACGAAAUUGCCCAUCACUGUCAUGGCUUAAAGAUCUUUGAAGCCCAGGCUUAUAGGGCCAGUGAGGGAGACUAUCUUCAUGUACACCGUAUAUGUGAAUCAGUGCUGCUGCAGACACUGAGGGUCCAAGUAGCACCAUAUUCUGACCUAUCUCUCCAAUAUGCAUUGAACCUGAAGCACUUGGUUGACUUGCAUUUGAGCAACUUCAAGGAUCUGAAGCCUGAGCUUGUUGGAGAUCUAAAAGAUGCCUUGAGUCUCAAGACACUGACAUUAGGUGCAGUGCCUUCCUGGAAGUCUGAGGAUUACUUAAUCCUUAAUUCCUUACAUUCUCUGGUCUCUCUGCGGCUUGAAAAAGGGAAUUCCUCUGAGGAUUCCUUUCAUGGAAACAUUCUCCCACUUCUCAGGCAACUUCAGAACUUGGAACUGGUGGAUUUCAUAAUCUCCCAAAGCUUGUGUGAUGCAUUUACAGCCAUGGUAUCCCUCAAGAGGCUCACCUUGUGGCCAUCCUAUCACAGUUAUAAUCAGGAAGAGAAUGGGUGCCAGAACAGCAGAAUUUUAGACUGCCUGAAGAACCUGAGAGGUGUGAAGUGCAUCUCUUGGGGGUUUCAUUCUCUCAGUCACGAGGAGUUGACUUUGUCGAGGCGAGGGAGAGACCUCAAGAGCUCAGCAUAUGAGAAAAUGAUAUGGAUGAAAAAUGCAACUAGUAUGAGUCCAAAAGAACUUCAUAUUCUUCUCUGUGAUUCCAAUCCUGAGGAUGUGGAAAUUGAGAUACUAUUUCGACACAUGAUUCCUCUGUGAUUUUUAUGUCUCCAUUUCAGAUGAAAAAGGCUUUGUCUAAGAUUGUUUUUGUAAAAUACUUUUUUUGAUGGAACAAUGUUUUCAUUUAAAAUAU